GCAGGUAGACUGAAAUAGAACCAAACAGACGCGCAAAGGGAACUUACAGUGCAUUUCUAGGCAGAAGUACAGAAGGAGACGUCUACUGGACAGGAUUCAGGAUCAGCACAUGUGAAAGAGACGCGUUCACAGCGGCCAGAUGCCUGUAUUUAAGAUGCUCGAACCCAAGCAGGAUGAGCCAUGUGACCUCAGGGGCCGGAGAAUGACCUCUGAGGAUGACCAUUCCCUGGGCAACUUUUCCGAUGCAUCAGCCACCACUGCCAGUAGCCCUCAGUCCAGGAGCCUCAACCUGCUGGAGGAUCUGUGUACCCCUCUGGAGGAGAACAUCCACCUGGUUCCACCAACACCUCCGCCCUCCACUGAGGGAGAAGAUGGGAAGAGCACCGAGAGCAGCAUGAAUGAGCUAUGGAGGGAGGAUGAAGGCAGGGAGAAAGAGGAGGAGAGGGAGAAUACAGAUCCAACGACGGAGGAGAAAGAAGAGCAGGAGUUCUUGCACGCACACGCAAGAGACUGUGAAGAUGAAAAACCCCUGCUUGUUGACGAGGACAAUGCUUCAGAGGCAGUGGACACGAACGCUCCACCCUCAUCCUCUUCUUCAUCAUUUGUUAUCCCCGAGCUGCGAUUAGAUCGGUCCUUCAGUGCAGACGCACUCUCCACCCCUGGCACAGAUGAAGAGUAUGAAGAAGAUGAAGAUGAUGAGGAGGAGGAGGAGGAGGAAGACAGCGAUGAUAACUACCUGGAACGCAGUGACAGUAAAAGGAGGAGCAUGGUAGAGGCCACUUCCUGCGAAAAGCACUCAGGUGGACUCAGCGUGCAGAAUUCCUUGCGCAGACGCACACACAGUGAGGGCAGCCUUCUCCAGGACCCUCGCGCAACCUGCUUCACAUCUGACAAUGCCAUCAACUGCAUGGAGGUGGCCGGCACACACAAGGGCGGCUGGACACUUCCAUCGCCCAAAACUCUGAAGAAAGAGCUGACUAAGAAUGGAGGGUCCAUGCACCAGCUGUGUAUGCUCUUUUCUGGAAGAAAACUGAGCGCCGGCUCUGAAUGCAGCUGUGACGUGGGUCCUGACGGGACCAAGAAGAAGAAAUCCAAAAACCUGGCCAAAGACAUGAAGAACCGACUCGCUUUCCUGAGGAGGAGGAAUGAGUCUCCCGGAAGCACCCCAGUCGGCAAGCUCGACAAAUCCAUGAAGUCUGUCAAGCCCACUCCUGAAGAAGCAAUGAAGUGGGGAGAAUCGUUGGACAAGCUGCUCAUCCACAAAUAUGGACUGGCGGCGUUUAGAGCUUUCUUGCGCACCGAGUUUAGUGAAGAGAAUCUGGAUUUCUGGCUGGCCUGCGAGGAUUACAAGAAGAUUAAAUCACAGUCCAAGAUGGCAUCAAAAGCUAAGAAAAUCUUUGCGGAAUUCAUUGCCAUCCAGUCUUGUAAGGAGGUGAAUCUGGAUUCCUACACCAGGGAACAUACUAAAGAAAACUUGCAAAACAUUGAUCGUUCUUGCUUCGACCUGGCUCAGAGGAGGAUAUAUGGCCUGAUGGAGAAAGACUCGUACCCUCGAUUUCUGCGUUCAGAACUCUACAUGGACUUAGUGAAUCAAAAGAAACCCAGCACCACAUCGACAUCCUCCUCCUCCUAAGAUGGCAGAGAAAGCGAAAAAGAGAGACUAUAUGAAGUAGCAUUGAAGAGGUUACUUUCACUUAGCAUUUAAUUCUCAUCAGCCAUUCUAUCUGUUAAUGUGGUGAAAAGACAGGGAGUGGAGAAAUGCACAAGGCUUCGUUUACAAGAGGUGAAAAAAGGUAGUGUGACCGACCUAGUGGCGCUGGACGAGUGGGGCACCACCAUGCUGAAUAAUGCUGGUUAUUCCCAUUUGAAUUUUAUUAUUUAAUUGGUUUUCCAAGUGUACUGGAGACAAAGGAGGCUAUUAUUGCCUCUUUAACACUAAGACAGCUGGGUACUGUUUAGCAUGUUUCUCUUCUUCUGCUCAAGCACUGCACCUCUCUUUGUUCUCCAUUUCAUGAUGACUUUCCUGGACAUUUCAGAAAUGUCUUGUGCCUACGGGUUGGAUGUCUGGAUGGCACGUAGAAGACAUUGAUGAUCAUGCACUUAUCGCUCAGUGGUGUUCCUGUGAACCUUCCUCCAUGUCUGUCGACUCCAUAUCACAUGAAGGGGUGCAAAAAAAUGCUGGCACAACCCUCAUUUAAUACACACAUCAUAAAUAAGUGUACAAACGCUCUAGAGGACUGGACCAAACCGCAUCUGAAGACUGGAGCAUUUCGCUCUGAGCUUGAAAUGGACUGUUUUUGGUCUCUAAAGACUAUACAAAACAUGCUUAGCUGCGUAUGUAAAGCCAAUAAGCCAUUCAUUGUAGCUUCACAUUAAGAAUGGAAGAGACAGUAUUCUCAGGACAUUAUGGCACUCAACUAUGAAGCUUCCAGACCUACUUAACCUUCUGUUUCUAAACUUAAAAUGUUGUUUUUCCGGACUUUAGGUUUAAUCAUGCACUCUAUAUUUAAUAGGGCACAAGGUCAGUUAGGAUCUUCCCUAUAUUUGUUGAUAAGACGACAUGUUUUACCAAUACAAAAAAAUUUAGUUAUUUAUUUAGAGGUUUCACUGGUUGCUUUGUUCAUUGCACUCAGCUGAAUUUCCCUUUUCCACUUUGAUCCAGGUCCACAGCUGUCCUGAAGUAAGUGCAAUAUGUUUAUUAUUUUCAUUUGUUGACUUAUCUUAUGGAUAAGUUUACCUUUUUUAUGAAAAAGACAAUAGAUUGAGCUCUGUAUUAAUUUUAUUGUAAGUUACAGGUAAUGUAAGAAUUACAUUAGUACACAAAUUAUUGUAACUGUGUUUCCCUGGCAGCAGGCAGCCGGGUUAAUGGAUGUAUAUAUAAUUCUUAAGAAAAAAUGAUAAAAAGAUAAAAACACACAAGGUUUUGUGGGUGCCAUGAGGCGUUGCUGUACCUAUGUAAAUAUGUGAACCUUAAAGCUAUAAAAUGACAUGUAUUGUUAUAAAUCGGGGGGGAACAGGUAUGGUCGUCCUCUGCCUUGGACGUACACUGCUUGUAAGUAGUUUUAUGAAAUGUAUUUUAUCAUUUUCACUGUUUACAAUUCCAACGCAUCUCCUAAGAUAGCAAGUGCAAAAGAAAAUAGAGAUUUACAAAAGCCAGUGUCAUUGCAAAACACAAAUAAAACAUUUAGAUGGUAAAAUUGAA